AACGACACCCCGGGAUGGUGGAUGGUGGAUCUGAGAGGUCUCUACACUGUGGAGCAGAUUGUCAUCACAAACAGGGGCGACGACCAACCCUCAUCAGACCGAGCCCAAAACUACCAAAUCGACGUGUUUCCAACUGACCCGAGGUUGUCCCCCAACUUCCCAAUGGCCUCAGGUCAAGUGUGUUACACAAGGAUAGCCCCGCUAGGGGUGGGGGAGACGUUCACACAGAACUGUAGCACCCCCAUAGUGGGCAGGUUCGUCAGGUUCAUCAGAUACACCCCAGACUUAAUGAAUUUAUGCGAGAUCAAGGUCAUGGCCAGUUCCGUAUCCUACCGAGAAAAUAAAUUUUCCAGGACCGAAAACUCUCGUCUCACCAUAGCACCAUUUACAACCACCACCACUACCAGCCCUACCACCUGCUCACUGACGUGUCUGGAGCGUCGUGACAGCGACACCUGCACCGCAUUCAAUUGGAUUCGAACCUCUAACCAGUGUCAGAUGUUCAGCCUUGACCCACGCAUCCCAGUCUCACUCACUGCUGACUCGGACACAGAUUUUUAUAUCCAGGCCUAAUUAGUUUUACGUCAUGUAUACAGGCCUAAUUAGUUUUACAUCACCUGUACAGACCGGCCUAAUUAGUUUUACGUUAUCUGUACAGGCCUAAUUGGUUUUACGUCAUGUAUUCAGGCCUAAUUAGUUUUACGUUAUGUGUACAGGCUUAAUUAGUUUACUUCAUUUAUACAGGCCUAAACGUUUUACGUCAUGUAUACAGGUCUAAUUAGUUUUAAG